AUGUCCUAUCCAACUACCAUCCAAGCCCUAGGCUCCAGCGACCCGGUCCACUGGUCGCAAGCAGAACCCAUCAAAUAUGAACCGAAGCCUUUUAUGGAUAACGAUGUCAUGAUCAAAAUCCACGCCUGUGGAGUAUGUGGAACCGAUGUCCACACUCUCCAGUGUGUUUGGGGACCACACCGAGAUGCAUCAGUGGUUGUAGGACACGAAAUUGUCGGUGAAGCCAUCAGAAUUGGUUCCAAUGUCACCCAUAUCACGGUGGGACAGAUUGUUGGACUCGGGCCGGUUCUGAACUCCUGUGGGGAAUGUGAGCUCUGUUUGAGUGACAGGGAACAGUACUGUGUUCGGGCUGUUUUCACCUACGACGACGUGGACUUUGAAACUGGGUCGGUUACCAAAGGAGGAUUUGCUUCGCAUGUCACCGCCAACCAGAGAUUUGUAAUUCCCAUCCCCAAACACUUGCCCGAAGAGUAUGCUGGACCGUUGAUGUGCGCUGGGUUGACAGUGUUUUCACCAUUGUACAAGAAAUUGAACGGGAAAAAGGGCCAAACGGUAGGAAUCGUGGGAAUCGGAGGGUUGGGCCAUUUGGGCUUGAAGUUUGCCAAAGCAUUGGGGGCACACGUGGUAGCCAUCUCCAGAACUUUGGCUAAGAAGCACGAAGCUCUCACUCAGUUGGGAGCCGACGACUUUGUGGCCACAGAAGAUGAUCCCGAGUGGGCCAACAAGUAUAGCCACAAGCUUGAUAUGGUUCUUUACUGUGGAGCUCUGAUGGAUAAUCUUGAUCUCAAUGCUUAUUUGCGGGCCAUUCGUCCAGGUGGACAGUGGGUCACUGUUGGGGUACCAAAUGGUUCAACAAUGGUUCCACUUCACGCGUCUGGGAUUGUCUCCAAUGACGUGGCAAUCAAAGGUUCCAAGAGUGGGAGUGGAACAGAAGCUGUAAAGAUGUUGAAGAUGGCUGCUGACCACCAGAUUUACCCAAUCAUCGAGAAGUUGCCUAUGAGUGUCAAGAACUAUACCGAGGCGAUGGAAAGACUUGGAAAGUACGAUGUGAAGUAUCGAUUUGUGUUGACGGGCAUUGACCAGUACUUUCAGUAG